AUGGUGGGCCCUAUACUCCUCCGCCGGCUUCUCCUCCAGCCACCACCGUCCUCCGCGGCGAGGGUCUGCAUCUCAGCCUUCCACAACUGGCGAUCUUACGCCACCACUGAAACAUUUCACGAAGACAGAGAAAAGCGCGGUGAAAAAUGGUUCACUUUACCUCCGUUUACUGCCACCAUAAACGGCAGCGCUUUGGGAAAGGAGCUCUCUCGCAAUCGUUCAUACGGCAGAGAUGUAAUUACGAAGACUGCCACUACCUCCACCACCUCCACCACUACCACGGCGCUUAAAUGGGUUACUCGAUGCUGCCCGGAGCUUCCUAGAAGCCUCGUUCAGAAGCUCUUUCGCCUAAGACAGGUUCGAAGAGAAUCUUGUGACAUGGAAUGUUCUGGUGAAGGUGUUGAGGCACUUGAGCGCCCACUUAAAAGGGUGGCGGCUAAAGACUCAAUGAAUGUAGGAGAUCGAAUACAUCUUCCUAUUUCUGUGCAAGAGUUCCCCAAUGAUAAACAAGAGUUGCCCACUGAUAAAAAGGAGUGCCGUUGUAGUGAAGAAGAAGUCACCUUUAUCCGUAGCCUUGAGUUGUAUAAGGAUCCAGCCAUUAUUGUCAUCAACAAACCCCCUGGAAUGCCUGUUCAGGGUGGUAUUGGCAUCAAAAGAAGUUUAGAUGAACUGGCUGCCGCUUGUUUAAGUUAUGACUUCUCAGAACCCCCUCGGCUGGUACACAGACUUGACAGAGAUAGUAGUGGUAUCCUGGUGAUGGGAAGGACACAAACAAGUGCGACAGUUUUGCAUUCCAUCUUCCGCGAGAAAACUUUUGGAGCAUCAAAUGAUGUAAUUGAUGAUGCAAAAAGAAUUCUGCAAAGAAGGUAUUGGGCACUUGUCAUUGGAUCUCCCAGACAACGACAGGGUUUAAUCUCAGCACCUUUGGGAAAGGUGGUAGUGGACAAUGGUAAAUCAGAUCGAAUCACAAUUGUGAACGAUUCACAAACUUUGCCAUCUCAGCAUGCCAUUACAAAGUACAAAGUAAUUGGAUCACCAUGUCCUGGUUACACAUGGUUAGAGCUAACCCCUCUUACUGGCCGAAAGCAUCAGCUGCGUGUACACUGUGCAGAGGUUCUGCGAACACCGAUUGUUGGAGACUACAAGUAUGGGUGGCAAACUCAUAGGAACUGGAAACCGUUAGCUUGGUCUAAUAAUGAAUGUAAUUCAGAUGAGGAGUUUCCCAAGACAAAAAACCUCCCUUUUGAUCUCAAUAUGGAAAGCGGAAGUGUCUCCGAAAAGAAUCCCCGCCUGCAUCUUCAUUGUAAGCAAAUGGUUUUGCCUAAUGUGAAUCUGGCUUUGCAAAAUGUGAAACUGCAUUCAGAUAGUGAUCUUUCAGAAUUAGAAAGCCUAGAGUUGGUUGCUCCUCUGCCUUCGUUCAUGCAAAGAAGUUGGAAUAUUACAAAUUCUUAA